UGUUAUCAUGGCAGCGGUUGCUAUGAUAUGCCGCGCCAAAAUGAAAAUAGUAGCAACCGCCGUUUCUAAUAAUCUAAACUUGUUUCGAAAACGCGGGUUAUUUAACUCCACUUCUGGAGUUCCAUUUGAAUAUACCUUUGAAAAUGCUAAGCCCGAAACGCCCUAUUCCUGAAUCCUGUGAUAUAGAACCAACAAAAAAAUUUAAAAUGGAUGCUUCAAAAGAAAACAUACCACCAAACAUUAAUGAAAUUUUUGAAAAAAGUUGUAACUCCAAAGAUUAUGACCAUCAAAUGAAAGGUACACCCAAGAAACAAGUUGAAAAGACUGAUCCUGUUACACCAAACACUAAUUUUAAAAUGCUGACUGCUAUAGCUUCAAAACUAGAGUAUGUAAUCUGCGGUUCUCCUAAGUCUAGAAAUUCAAGUCAAAAUACCAUUUCAUUAAAUAAUAUAGAAAUUGAUGAUAAUCCUGUGUAUAGAGUAAAUAGAAAAGAAAGAUCGCUUGCAAUAAUUUGUUCAAGGUUUCUUCUAAUGUAUCCAAUGUACCCAGAAUACAACUCAAACAUUAUCGUCUCUCUUGACGAUGCCUGUCUAAAAUUAAGUGUUGAAAGAAGACGAUUAUAUGACAUAGUAAAUGUAUUUGAAAGCGUUGAUAUGUUGAAAAAACUGGCUAAAAAUAAAUAUUUAUGGUUUGGAAAAGUAAACUUGCCAAAUGCCCUAUAUAACAUAAAGAAGGCAGCCGACAAAGAAAAUGUUCUAGCCAAAUUGCAAUAUGUGCUGAAUCAUGAAGAAAAUGCAACUGACCCAAAACAAUCAUGCAUAUUAGAUGAAGUUCAAGAAUUCACCAAAAUUUUUGAAGCUGAAACUUCAUAUUCAUCUUCUCUUCGAAGUCUUCUUCAGCCUUCACCUGUCCCAGAAUUACGAAAAGAAAAAUCACUAGCAAUUAUGAGUCAAAAGUUUUUGAUGCUCUUUCUGGUUUCUCCUUCAAAAGUUAUUAGUUUAGGUGUUGCUGCUAAAGUACUGAAUGGUUUUCAAAAAUCUGAAAGACCUGCACAAAUUAAAACUCAAAUUCGUCGUUUGUAUGACAUAGCAAAUGUUCUUUCAAGUAUUGGUCUUAUCCAGAAAGAAAUCACUGUAUCACAAAUUGGUAGGAAGCCUGCUUUUAAAUAUACUGGACCAAGCCCAGAAGAAUUUAAAACAUUAUCAAACAACAUUUCAAUUAACAAUUUGACGAAGUUAAAUAACAAUGACAAGUCACGAAGUUUAGUAAGGCAUUCUUCUUUUCAAGAAAUCUGUGCUGUAGCAGAAAUGGAGCAUAAAAGAAUUUGCCUUGAAGAAACUGCUAAUUCUGCUCCACCAUUUGAGAAAAGCAUUCUGAAAAGUGAUAAAACUUUGAGUAAAACAUCUUUUUCAAACCUUAAUUUAAGAAAUAGUGGUGAUAAUGAAAAUAUAAAGCCUACCAAUUUAAAUAUCAGUACUGUCAGCAAUCCUAAAACGAGUACUACAUGUUCAGUUGCAUUUUCAAAUAUUUUACCAAAAUUUUCAUCUGAAGCUAGUAAAAAGAAUGUUGUACAGCCGAAACCUAUCACUGUGCAAGGGCAAGCAAGCAUAAAAGUGUUGUCAACCAAUGGAGCAUAUUAUAUUUUAAAUCCAAUAAAUAGCAAUGGUGCAAAGCCUCCAACUCCUAUUGGAACUUUACUCCUUAUCAAUCCACUACCAGCAUCAAAAUCUACAGAAAUCACUGAUAUUAAAACAUCGUCACAAAAUAAGGUUUUCAUGCCACAAAAAGGGAACUUGACAAAAGUACAGCAGGACAGAAUUUUGCAAGUAAUUAGUUCAAAUAAGCAAAAUAAACCGGCAGAAAUAAUCACUUUAAGAAGUAGAAGCCCUCGGAGAAAUUUAACACGACUAAUUAAAGAAAUGCAAGCUAGAGAAGAUGAAACAAUGCAAACAGAAAGUAUGAUUGUUAAUCAACUCAAACCAAUAUCCAAAGAAAUUUCUCUUGAUGAGGGUAACAGUAAUGAAUCAUCAGAAAUUUAUCGUACACAAAAUAAUAGUUCAAGCAGCAGUAGAUUUGAUUCUCCUCUUAGCAUUCCAAGUGGUUAUGCUACUCCAAUACCAAGCACUUCAUCAAAUAUCUCAUUUCUGUCAAACAGUGAAACACUUUGUAUACUGAAAAACAUUGAGAGCCAGCCAAAUUGUGGAGAAUGUUCAGAGAACUUAAUAAAGGAAGAUAUACCUGGCCAGAAUAAUACUACGAAAAAUAUAUCCCAAAAUGAUAAGUCUAAUGUAGAAGAAAGGGAAAUAAUGAAUACUGUCAAAUUAUCAUCAUGGCAAAACAUUCAAAAGUUAUCCAUUUUAAAUAACAAUGGUAGUAAUGAUAGUGUAAAUUCCGAAGUAGCAGAAAUUUUAAAAGGUAAAAAAUUGGGUGAUGAGACAGCAAAAUUAAAGCCAUUUCUAAUUGAUGAGAAAACCAUUCUUAGUCCUAUUAAGAAUAAAGAUGAGAUAAUUGAUAGAACUUUAAGUCCUUCACCUUUCAUAACUCCUCCUUAUGCACCUUCUGAUACUAUUUUUGAAUUUAAAAAUUUGGAAUUAAAAAAAUAUCAAUGAAAGAAUAACAGUGCUUUUUCAGUUUCCCUCCCUUGCAACUUAUGAAAUUGUCGUUAAUGUGAUUAAAAAUUACAUCUGUGCUUUAUCCUUUAUUAUUUUAGGUAAAGCAUUAUUUUUUGCUUUGGUGUUUUUUUGUUUGGAGGUAGCUUGGAAGAAAAGUUGUGAUGUAUGUUUCAAUGUAAAAUUAUAAUUAUUUAUAUACAGUUCAUUAUGCAUGAGUAUGCUAUAAAUUUCAUAAGGAAAAGAAAAUUAGAUGAUGCACAAAUUAUAUUAAUAUUUUUUUACAUUAAAAUAUAUUUUGCUGAUUAAAAAGAAAAUUAUUAUUUUGUUGGAAUAAAAUUAUAAAUAGUACAUUAAAAAUAAGACUUAUAUUAAUAGAAUAAAAAUAUAGAGUAAAUACCAUUUGACAUAACAGGUAUUGCAGAAAUAGUGUUAUGGUAAAAAUAAAUCCUAAGGUCUUGGAUAUUCAUAUCUCUUGCUUUGAAAAACUAUAUCUGACAAUGAAUUUUUUUUAUAUUUAUAUAUUUUGUUCAGUUACGAUUUUAGCUAAAUCACAAAUCAAAUUGCAAAUCAGUAAAAUGUGUUUGGCUAAAUGAGAUAACAUGAUUGUCUAUAAAUAAAAGGUGCUGAUUAUUUCAAGCAGAGAUAAGCAAGAGGCAUGAAUAAUUUUGAAAAAGUAACUUCCCAAAUCGGUCCCAAGUAUUGGAAUUUAUUUGAAAAAAUAACUGAAAGCAUAAUAAUUCCCUGUUAUCUCAUUAUUUUUAGUUAUAAUGAACUCAGUUGAAACUAGUAAAAUUUUAAAUUGUUAAAAAAGUAUUUAUUGAAAGUUUAUUUAAUAUAUCAUAAUAUACUAUAUUAUAUAUUUAUUAUCGUCAAAGUUUACUUUUUUGAAAUUCUAUCAUUUUCUGAUUAGUUCCUUUGCAUCACAAGUUGUUUGAAUAAUGCCAAUUCCUAAUUAAUGAUCUUGUGAUUAUUUUUUGAAGUUCACGCUGCUCAGCCAAUGGAAUAUUUUGAAAUUGCAACUAAAAGAAAAAUUGUUUGAUAUUAUAAAUUUUAUGACUGAUAUAUAUAGAGAUAUUUAUUAUGUUUUUGUUUUUUUUAAUUAGACCUUUUAUUUUGUAAAUAAUUUUAUCCAUAAUCAUUUAUUACCAACAAUGACUUAUUAGCUAUUGCAGUAUGUUCACGCAAUAGAUAUUUCUGGAUAAUUAUGUUUGCAUAACUACAUUAAUUUAGAUUUUGAAAUAUUUCUAUAAAUGCAAGUAAAAUUUUCAAUAGUAGUAUUAAUAUUGUAUAACACUUAAUAUAACCAUAAUUUCAAGUUUCACUGGCUUUUGUCUUAAAUUCACAAAAUUACUUAAUGAUUUAUAUUUUGUACUUUGUUUUUCUUUUCAGAAAACACUAAUAAAUUCUUUAAUUAGAAAUAUUAUGGUAUUAAAUUUACUUUAGUAUUAAAAAAUUUUACUUUUUCCUUUAAUUUUUCAUUGUUAUCAAAAAGAAACUGAUAAGCCAUUACAAUGGUAAUAUUUGUAAAAGUCAUGAUACGUUAGGAAUUUGUACAGAAUGCAAUAUGACAUAAUAUAUUAUUAAAUACAAUAUUAGCAUUGAAUUUGCAUAUUAUAUUUAUUUCACAUGUGU